UGAAUGAAAUUGGGGAGGUUUUAUCAGCACUGGUUAUUUGGUGGUAUACGAAUUUGGAAUUGAAAGUGUCCAUAGACGAAGAUGUUAAUAACAGUCGAUACAUUGUUUGGAUCAGUAACAACAAGUAGCUAAAAUCUGGUCUUAUGCAUGCAGGCAAACAAUAAGGGGAAAAUCUCUCAAGUGGGUGUGAUUGUUUGUUUUACAUAAUCUUAAAUAACAAUGUCAGAUUCUGUGGAAGUAUCUCAGCAACAAGAAUAUCUAUCUCAACAAGUUUGUACUCUCUUCAAGAAGCCAUCAAAGGCUAAAAACAUAAGGAAAAGACGGCUUGACGCUGACGAAGAAGAAGAAGACGGCUAUUCAAAAAGGGGAAGCUUUGUCUUGAACAACCUUAAGAAAGUUGCUAAACCUGAUAGCAAGUUGUUCUUCUCCUCUGGACCAUCCACGAGCGAGAGACCUGUCUUCCACUACGAUUCAUCCAAGGAGAUCCAGGUUCAAAACGACAGUAGAGCCACUGCGACUCUUGAAACCGAGACCGACUUCAAUCAAGAUGCUCGAGCCAUCCGUGAGAGAGUCCUUAAACGAGCAGAUGAAGCAUUGAAAGGGAAUAGGAAUAAUGCUUCGGAUGAGAAGUUGUAUACUGGAAUCCAUGGAUAUACGGAUCACAAAGCUGGGUUUAGAAGAGAGCAAACCAUCUCCAGCGAGAAAGCUGGAGGCUCACACGGGCCAUUAAGAGCUUCUGCUCAUAUCAGAGUAUCAGCUAGGUUCGAUUACCAGCCUGAUAUCUGCAAGGAUUACAAAGAAACCGGAUACUGUGGAUAUGGAGAUUCUUGCAAGUUCUUGCAUGACCGUGGAGAUUACAAACCGGGCUGGCAGAUAGAGAAAGAGUGGGAAGAAGCCGAGAAACUUAGGAAGAGAAACAAAGCUAUGGGAGUUGAAGAUGACAAUGAUGAUGAUGGCAACAACAGUGAGGAAGAUGAAGAUGCAUUGCCCUUUGUUUGCUUCAUUUGCAGAGAGGCUUUCGUUGAUCCAGUUGUCACCAAAUGCAAGCAUUACUUCUGUGAGCAUUGCGCUUUAAAGCAUCACACGAAGAACAAGAAGUGCUUUGUGUGUAACCAACCAACUAUGGGGAUUUUCAAUGCAGCACAUGAGAUGAAGAAGAAAAUGGCUGAAAAACGGAGUAAAGCUCAAUGAUUGUAAAACUUUUAUGUCUGAUUAUCUGUAUUCUUUGAUUAUGUUGUGAUGGCUCUUUACAUAUUGGCUUUGUGUCAUCAAACGGUUAAUUAUAAGGAAUUGAUCACGUUUUUGAAAAA